AAUUAUUUUCUAUUUACUCAUAGAACGACAGGUAAUUUUGAUGAAAAUGUACAUGAAGAAGGAGAAGGAGAAAAUAUCAGCGGAGAAGAUUCGUCACACGAGCUAGAGAUAUAUGAUGAAACUAUACCAGCUCAAUCGGAUAGAUAUUCUACUCCAAAAAGUAAAAAACAAAAUAAAUGCAAGGUACAAAAAAUAACACAAUUUCAAAGAGAAUUAUUAAAAAAUUUAUCUACUUCCGAGGAAGAUGUCACAUCUGAUCCUGAUAAGGCAUUUUUAUUUUCCUUAUUACCCGAUUAUAAACGUCUUAACUAUGAGCAAAAAACAGAUUUUCGUCUCAUGACUUUACAGUAUUUUAGGAACAUAUCAUUAGGAUCUAAUCAAUUACAACCAACUCCGCCAUCUUAUAACAUUAAUCAAAACACUACUCGAAUUCCCCCGAUCCAAACUCAAUAUUCAAAUGUAUAUUCUUCAGAGUUCAACCCUGGUUUGGGGUACAAUCAAAAUCAUAAUCUUAUGCCACAACGCCCACAACCCUUGCCAUAUACUAGCUCAUAUAAUUAUACAUCUGAUCAAUCUCAACAACCUAAUACCAGUGGAGAAAUGUACGGAAAUUUUGAUAUUAUAAAUAAGUAGAGGUAGGUAAUAAUAUUAUAUUUACUGCAAUUUAA